AUGGCUCAAAGUGGCGAUUUCUGUAGGUGUAUCUCAGAAUCUAAUAGAAAUGUCAACGUUGAAGCCUUGUUUGCUUCGCACUUGAGUGCACCUUCAUCCAGUAUUUUAAUGGAGUGGUCACAAACUCGUCUGCAAUUUUUCGUCAUAAUUGGCAAAUAUAGUGGUGAUUUAUUAGUAUUUACCAUAAACCAACAGUAUACAAAAUUAGAAAAUAUUUUCAAUAAUCCAGUGACAUCAGUUUGUUGUGGGAAACUCAGACAAAACAGUGAUGAAAUAGUUGCAAUCUCUGCAACUGGUCAGAUACGUUCUUUUGAUUUUCCUCAUAUUGAUCCUGAAAGUGACGAGCUACAGAAACCGCUACCGUUAUUUGAGCAACUCAUUCAAGCUAAUAUUUGUGCUUCAUAUAUUGGUGAUCUUGAUGGGGAUGGAUUAUACGAAUUAUUAGUUUCAAUGACUGAUCGCUGUGUUCGAACUUAUCGUUAUGUUGCUAAUCAUCUUGCUCCUCUGAGCAAAUAUGAAGUACCAUCACAUAUAUGUGGACUCGCUAUUGGCAUUACUAAUUCUGGUCAAUUUUGUGCAUUUCUCACAGAGCGAAGAAAAAACUAUGUGGUGAAAAUUUUUUUUGGUUCGAACAGUUGUAACAUUUUGCCUCAGAUGACGGUUUCUGAAUCGUCAAUUCAAGAACUUAUUGUUCCAGAUCGACCGGUAUUCUUAGAUUUGAUUGGGUCACUUGCUUCUCGACUUCGUUUAAUUAGUGCAGGUUUAUUAGUACAAUUUUUUGUGAUUGUUUUUUAUCAAUCAUUUUAUAUCGGUGUUGUAGAAGAUGAUUCCUCAGUAACACUUGUAAAUCCUGGAGGAGAUUUCAUAUGCGCUGCAACCGUAAAUUUGCCAAAUGAAAUGUUCAUUGCGAUGAUAUUAGACAUUUACGGUAACCUACUCAUAUAUGGAUGGAAGGAGAAUGAGAUUCCUCCAACGCAGCCUAUUGCAAAGGCUAUUGUACUGCCAGAUGCAGAUCGUAUUGCUGCGUUGCCUAGCGGAGAUGAACAUGAAAUUUUAUUAUGUGUUUGUACGGUUUACUUUAAAGUUGUUGUUUAUCUUAUCGAUCUGUCAUCAUUGUUAAAGGACAUCACGUAAAA